AUGGCGGCGGGCAGGCUGCCGGCCCGGGUCCUGGAGCAGCUCCUCUCCUACCUGGAGCUGCCCGACCUGCUGAGCUGCUCGCUGGUCUGCCGCCACUGGCGCCGCUGCCUGGAGGCCGACGAGAACAGCGAGGUGUGGCGGGGCCUGUGCGGCCGGCUGCUGGCCGACGAGGCCGCCGGCUCCGACGUGCUGUGCAGCCUGGGCAGCUACAAGGCCAAGCUGCGGGCCCUGCGCCACGCCUGGAGCCCCGGCGACUGCUCGCGCAACGUCUACAUCAAGAAGAACGGCUUCACGCUGCACCGCAACCCCAUCGCCCAGAGCACGGACGGGGCCCGGGCCCACAUCGGCUUCUCCGAGGGCCGCCACGCCUGGGAGAUCUGGUGGGAGGGCCCCCUGGGCACCGUGGCCGUCAUCGGCGUGGCCACCAAGCGCGCCCCCAUGCAGUGCCAGGGCUACGUGGCGCUGCUGGGCAGCGACGACCAGAGCUGGGGCUGGAACCUGGUGGACAACUACCUGCUGCACAACGGCGAGCUGAGCGGCAACUUCCCGCAGUGCAACAACGCGCCCAAGUACCAGAUUGGGGAAAGAAUACGUGUCAUUCUUGACAUGGAAGACAAGACUUUAGCAUUUGAACGAGGCUAUGAGUUCCUUGGCAUAGCGUUUCGAGGUUUGCCAAAGGCAUCCCUAUAUCCAGCGGUUUCGGCGGUGUAUGGCAACACCGAAGUGACGAUGGUAUAUCUGGGGAAACCGCUGGAUGGCUGAUGAUAAUGAUACUGUGCAUGAGCUAUUUUAUUGCUGGAAACUGAAUAAACUGCAUAGAUGGCAUGGACAGUCUGGCCAUGUUCUGGGUAGUCACAGCAACAGUGUGCAGUGGCGUAAGGAGCGAGGGCUGAUGAACAGAAGAGACGCGGCUGGAUCUCCAUUGUAUAUAUGUCUGGGUAGUGUGUAGUGGUGACCUAUCUGUCUUCUUUGUUCAAUUGUAAUAUGCCUCUAUACAAUUUCAAUAUUAUUGUGGGCGGGGAGUCUGAAUGUGAUGUGUGAACAAUAAUUAAGAUUAUCGUUAUAAACCUUUAAUUGUAUUUUUUUAAGGAACAUUCCUCCCAGAGUUGGGAGGGGUGGAGAAAAUCAUCUUAUCUUAAUUGAAUGGAACAAAGGUUAGAUUUUUUUUAAACGUUCUUGAUUAUUACUGCCGGAUGAACCAGAAUCGUAUUAAAUGUCCUUUUUGGAGGAUGGCAGCAUCAUAUCAACAUCGAUUCCAGAGGUGCCGAGGUUGCUCUGUGCAACUCGAGCUGGAGAGAGGUAGAAUUGCUGGCUCUGCACAUCAGUAAAGUGCUUCCAUGAAUGAAAGUAGCACAACCAGCAAGUAUGCAGUUGUUAAUGUUACUUUUGUCCCUUUGUACGCCGGUGUGUGGACUGGGUUUACUGCUGUCAGUUGGCAUAGCUGGUUCUCGACAAACAGCGGUGUAGGUUGCCUUGUUAUAGUAAAAAUGACUUUCUUCCCCCCUUUUUGGUUGCUGCUGUUUCAGGUCAGUUUUACAAAGGCAUGUUGUAAGUUUCUGUUCAUUUGUGCCAAUAUCAGUAGUGUAGUCCUGUCCAAUCAAGGGCAGAUUAACCGCUGAUUGAGUUUUUUUUAACUUGUCCAGUGUCACUCAGAUUUCCCAGACCACAAGCUGGUGAAGAUUGGGGAAAGAUUGGGGAUGAUCUAAACUUUACCAUUAAGUUUGCUUGCAAAAAUAGCCAAUACAUCUGAUAACUGUAAAGUGCUUUGAGAUAUUCCAGAUAAAGGCAUUAUAGUUAUGCAAGUUCUUUGGAGUUGCAUUGCAAAGUGGACUGAUGACCACACAUCAUUGCAAUACCAGAAUAGUAAAGUUACUGACAGAUUUGAAAUGUUUUUGAUGUUAGCAAUGUCAACCUUUUCCUAUUUUUUAAAAUGGAUAAUUGUAAAGAACAGAAAAUGCUGCAAAUCCACAACAGGUCAAUCUGUAUUUGAAAGAAGAUAUUGUAAUAUUUGUUAUUAUUUGACAUUAUCAUUUGCUGCUAUGUUUGUACAAGACUGGAUAUUUCUGGAUAGUAUAUUUCUGUGUUUCUUUUGUGAAGGAAACUGAAAUAUUUUGCAAAAUGGUUUGCAGCAUUAACACCAGACAAAUGUGAACCCAGUAUUCUGUUGCCUUGGCUGAAAUAAGAGAAUAUAAUGAUAAUAGUCUGGUUAAUAUAUUAGGUGCAUACUUCAUCAGAAUGGAGCUCUUAAUGAAACUUUAAGCAGUUGGUCUCUUUUGGAUCCUGAUUGACCUGCUGCAUAUUUCCAUUGUUUUAUUUUCAUUUUGGAUUUUCACUGUCUGUUUUUCAUAUACUUGGAUAUAUUUUGUUUCAUUGCUGCAUGCAAUUCAAACAUACAUUAUAAGUGUAAUUAUCAAUUUCCAUUUGCAGCUGCAAGCUCGGAUUUUUAUUAGUGUAUGCUGAUUAAUGAUUGCACCAGCCAUAUCAUCAGGCCCAGGGUAGCUUUAUCCAGCUCUGUAUGAACUCAGCGGUGUCAAAUACAGUAAUCGAGAUCAAUUGUUUAAUCUGUUCAGCAAGACUGAUAUUAAUAAUAAUCCUUGAAUUUGAUAUAGCGCUUUUCACC